AUGAAGCUGAAAGGAACUAGAGACGCUAGUCAUGCGGACAGUUGGUAUGAUGGGGAUCCUGAUAGCUUGUCUAGCCAGCUCGACAACUUUCUCAGCGAUGUUCCAGGCUCUAUCGAUGACAAUGGCCUCCCGAUUCCCGGCGCCAAAGUAGUGAUUGCACCGCAUGCAGGCUAUUCGUACUCAGGACCCUGCGCAGCCUGGGCGUAUAAGUGUCUCGACCUCACUAAAGCCAAGCGAGUCUUCGUCCUUGGACCUUCUCAUACGUAUUACCUCCGCGGAUGCGCCCUUACCAAAUUUGCCAAGUACGAGACGCCCUUCGGCGACCUGAUGGUCGAUGAGGAUGUAGUCCAGCAGCUUCGCGACACGGGCAAGUUCCAAGAUAUCCCCAGCAGAGGUGAUGUGGACGAGCAUUCGCUAGAGAUGCAUCUCCCGUUUCUCUACAAGCGGCUCACACAGACGUUCGCGUCCGAGGCCGAGUACCCUACUAUCGUACCCAUCCUCAUUGGGGAUAAUAACGGGGCGGAGGAGAAAGAGUUCGGCAAGCUGUUGGCGCCGUACCUACAAGACCUAGACAACGCGUUCAUCGUGAGCUCUGACUUCUGCCACUGGGGGUCGCGAUUCAGUUACACGGCUUACGCGCCGGAGGGCAAGGUCGACCAACUACAGUCUCUAAGCCGAAAGACGCCUAAGCCGACAAACCCACCUAUACAUGAAAGCAUCAAGCAGGUCGACCAGCUAGCCAUAGAUGCCGUUGCGUCAGGCGACCACGACAAAUUCGUUGACAACCUCAGACACACCAAGAAUACCGUCUGCGGACGUCACCCUAUCGGUGUUGUGAUGGCGGCCCUGGAGGAGCUAGCAAAAGACAAGCCCGAUCCUAACAAGUAUCGGUUCAAGUUUGUACAGUACCAGCGCAGUAGUUUGGUCGAAGAUGUCACAGACUCGAGCGUAAGCUACGCAUCCGCGUACGCGAUUGUCUAA